CAGUUUUCUAGGUUAUACUCGUAUUCCAAUGUGUUUGUUUUAAUCGGAUUGAUGGAGCUUACUCAAUAUUUACUUUGGCACUAAUUUAUGUGCUCCACUUAUUUCACGGGUCUUGCGAAGGUUUCGUGUUCACGGCUUGAUCUCGAACAAUGGAAGGAGGAAGCGACUUGGACGCCCAGAUAGAGAAAUUGCUGAAUGUGGAGAAGCAAAUGAGGCUCGCUGGUGACCUGGCCGGGACCAAGAAGGCUGCCACCGAAAUUCUCGAGCUUUGCUUCAAAGCUGGUGCGUGGAAGACCCUUAAUGACCAGAUUCUGGUCUUGUCCAAGAGCCGUGGCCAGCUCAAGCAGGUUUGUUUCUAUGUUGGCCGUAACUGCAUUAGUCCAGUAAGCAAUGCAAUAUAUUGAUCAAACACCUGAUCUUGAAACUCGUAUGGAGCUGAUUAAAACACUAAAUAAUAUUUCUGCUGGGAAGGUAAGCAUUCGUUGGGAUGCUUCUCAUUUUGUAAUUUGAUUUUAUGUAACAUGAGCUUUUUUCUUUUUCUUUAGAUAUAUGUUCUUUAGUAUAUGAAUUCUAGAUAUUUUAGGGAAGGGUCAACUCCUUGACGAAGGGUUAGUGAGGACACUUGUAUUUGUGCUUUUCGUUGAUGUAAUUAACUGUUAGAUUAAAGGCG